AUGGCGGGCGAGCCGUGGAGCGCGCCGGUGCCGCCGGCGGCGCAGGGCGGGUGCGCAUCGUGGGAGCGGACGGAGUGCGAGUACAGCACGUCGUCCCCGCCGCAGCAGCGGGGCCCGGCGGGAUCGCCGCCGGACGGUAGGGUCAAGGUGGCGAGUGCGCUGACGGCGGCGGUGCGCAACAUGCCGGUGGAGGGGAUCUGUGAGGGCGGGUCCCCCGGGGCGAAGAGGGCCGGGGAGGUGAAGAGGAAAAGCGGCCCAUUGGGAGGAAAGGCGGAGCCCAGCGAACCCUUGAUACCGACGGGAGAGCCCCCUCCGGUCGUCGUGGCCAAGGGGAAGAACAAGACGUACCGCGGCGUGAGGCAGAGGCCGUGGGGAAAGUGGGCUGCGGAGAUACGGGAUCCAUGCAAGGGCACGAGGAGGUGGCUCGGAACGUUCGACACCGCCGAGGAGGCGGCCCGGGCGUACGACAAGGCCGCGCGGGAGAUCCGCGGACCGACGGCGCGGUGCAAUUUUCCGCCGCGGGCGGGCGACGAGGCCGUGCCCGUCCAGGCGCCUGCCCUGCCGCCCGUGCAGGGCCCGCCGACGCCGGGCAAGGAAGAGAAGACAACAGACGAAGAGACCGUGAAGGAGGCAGGAGAGUCUGACAAGGUCGAGGAGCCGGUGUUGAAGCCGAAACCGGAACCACAGCCAGCGAAUGCAGGAGUGCCAGGGGUAAUUACAGAUGUGAUGAAAGUCGGUGGGAUAAAGAAGCUUGGCAGACGGCCUGGAAGGCCUGGACUUGGACGAGGGCGAAGGAAACGUGUGGGGGGGAGGAGGAAGAAGUCAGAAUUCUUCUGUGAAGACUUGAUCCCCGAGAGUUUGCUGGGGGGUGACGCCAGUGGCUUUACUGGCGUCAUGUUCGUUUCAAGCACUGCACAUGUGUUGCGGGACACCACUCCAGAGCCAGAGAUGCCGCCGCAGGUGCGCUCGAAAGAGGGGUUUCAGAUCCCCAAGUGGCAAGCUCAUACCCCGACAAAGGUGCGGCACAUGGAUGCUGCCUCGCAGGGCAAGUCCCUGGACAGCCUCACGGAUUUGUGUUUCUCGCUGAUGAGCAUGGACAUCGAGGCCUGCCAGUCGCACAAGAGCGAGUUCGAGGGCUGGUUCUUCAACAAGUCGCCCAACGGCCUGUCACGAACCCCUCCUCGGCCGCGUUCCAGUCUUGGCAAAUCUGUAGGCAGGAGCCCGUCUUCGUGCAAGAUGUGCAUGACCCCUCCGACAGGAAUGUCGCCGUCAGCGUGGACACAGCAGCACCAGCAAGGGCACAGAGACACAGAAGAGGACGGGAAGGUGGAACUUAUCUUCGGCGCUCCAGAAGAUGUGGUUGUGAUGGGGCUUCAGUCUGCGAUGCGGGAGCGCUAUGUGUCUGACAAAGAAACGGACAAGGAGGAGGAUGGUGGCAGGCUGCGGGUUGCGAUGGAGACCCUGGAACUGGAAGCCAGUGCUGUGGGCUUGGGCUCGGCUUCGAAGGAGCACACGAUUCAGGAGGGCUCCUCGCACGGGCGUGAGUCUGAAUGUGGAUUGGAAGGCCUGGGGGGCGACCUAUGGCGGAAAGUUAUGAGGGAGGUCGAUUUUUUCAAGCCGUGGGCGAUCAGCCCCGGCUUGUCAUCUGGUGUGUCGGCAUGA